AUGGUUCCUUCGGGUGACGUACCUGUGAGGCUUGAGACCCGUUUGCGUCAUCGACCUCGAUCGGUGUCUCACCUCUUGGGACUGGUGCCUUCCAGUGCGAAAGCGAGGGGCUGGCGGUUUCCUACGUGUUCACACGUUUCGCUUGGCCUCAAAAACCCAUGGAAAUCGAGGCCCAUCCUUGAGCAGUUCGACCCCUCUCUGCCGAUCAAGGAGAUUUUGGAAGUUGAUCCUCUCCCAGAGAGGAAGGGCGAAGCUGACGAGGAGGUCUUUUCACCGGAGCCGCCCAUGGUCCAUUUCAGAUUUACUUUCUAUGACACCCCGGCUCCGCUCGUCCCGGUCCGCGUGACCGAGUGCCAAAGCAUUCCAGGGCCUUGA